AACUAGUAGCCCUAGUGUAAACAGGGCUCAAGUACAAAGCCGUCAGACUGUAAAUACGUCCACACUGUGUAUACUCUAUUAUUUGUUUUGUUAAAAAUGGCCCACAAGCAGAACAAUGAGACAACCAAUGGCACAACAACCGAAAUAAUUGACGAAACAGAUGUCCGUGCUACAUCAGAGGCGGGCCGGACCACACCCACUCUCCAGCUGCGCCUGGAACAUCCGCGGGAUGAACGUCGGGUGGUUUUUCAUGCUGGAGUCAUUGACAACGAGCAUUUGAAUCGCAAGAAGUCAAAAUGCUGCUGCAUUUACAAAAAACCUCUGGCGUUCGGCGAGAGCUCCUCCGAGGAUGACGAAGACUGCGAGCACUGCUUUGGCCAUCCGGAAAAGCGUCAGAGAAAUGCAAAACACAUUCACGAUCACGGGGACAAACCGUGCGUGGAGGCGUCGCAUCCGGACGGACCAUCUACAUCAAUGCAGGCCGCGGACGCCAGUCACCCGCCAGCCGAACCUGUUGAGUCCCAGGCCGAUCCAAAACACCCUACCCAAGGUGUUGACUUUGAGCAGACAGGCAGUUUUUAGCACAUGCUCCAAUUUAAAUUUGUAUAAUUAUAAACGGUAACAACAUGGAACCUGUAAGCACUCGGACCUACUAACA